AUGGCCGACAUGACCCAGGUUCCCAUCAAUGGCAACUACGCUGCCCAGCAUGGUUACCCCGAAUCCUACAACCAUGCAUCUGUCACCAUGAACACUGCUGCCAGCUUCCAGCCUGCGCAGUCCUCCACCCCGACUACAGUCACUCCCACCGACCAGCAGAAGAAUGAGAUCUCCAAGGAUGAGGUGGGCUGGUAUUUCGUCGAGCAGUACUACACCACCAUGAGCCGCAACCCUGACAAGCUUCACCUGUUCUACUCUCGCCGCUCUCAGCUGGUCUUCGGCACUGAGGCCGAGUCGGUUCCCGUCACCGUUGGUACUAAGGCCAUCAACGAGAAGCUUAACUCCUUGAAGUUCCAGGAGUGCAAAGUGCGCGUCCUGAAUGUCGAUUCUCAGGCGUCUUUCGACAACAUCCUGGUCUCAGUCAUUGGUGAGAUCUCUAACAACUCCGAGCCGUCCCGCAAGUUCGUGCAGACUUUCGUUCUCGCCGAGCAGCCCAAUGGCUACUACGUUCUUAACGAUAUCUUCCGAUACAUGGCCGAAGAGCCAGAAGAAGAACCCGAGCAGGCCGCCCCUGCUGCGCCUGCUGCUGAGGCCCCUGAGGCCGUUGCCGAGGUUCCCGCUGAGGAGCCCCAGGUGGCUGAUGAAGUCGCUGUCUCCCAUGUUGAUGAGAAGCUUGAGGAGGUCGAGGCCAACGGUGAGGUUGAGGAGCCCAAGGAGGCCGCUCCCCAGACCAACAGCGUCCCCGUUGAGGAGGAGACCCCCGCUCCGGUUCCUGCCGUCGAGGCUGAAAUUGUGAAGGAGGAGCCCGCCACCCCUGAGCCCUCUCCCGUUCCCGAGAAGGAGGAGGUUCCUGAGAAGGAGACCUCAGCCACUCCCGCUGCCCCUAAGACCUGGGCUAGCAUUGCGACUACCUCUUUUGCUGCUAAGGCUGCUGCUGCCGCCAAGGCUUCGGCCGCCCAGGCUGCUCCUGCUGCUCAGGCUACUCCUGCUGCUCCUAAGGCUGCUGCUCCCGCUGCUCAGGCUGCCCCUACCGCUCAGCCCGCUGCUGCCACCCCCGCUCCCGCGGAGGCUGCCCGUUCCCAGGAGGCCCCUUCCACCGAAGCCGGAUGGCAGACCGCCGGCGACGGCCACAAGAAGUCGCAGCCCCGUGUUGAGGAGACCGUCCUCGCCUAUAUCAAGAACGUCAACGACAAGGUCGAUGCCAGCCUGCUUAAGCAGACUCUGGCUCGUUUCGGCAAGCUGAAGUACUUCGAUGUCAGCCGCCCCAAAAACUGCGCCUUUGUUGAAUUCAACGAGCCCUCCGGUUACACCGCUGCCGUUGCCGCCAACCCCCACCAGAUUGGCAGCGAGCAGAUCCUCGUUGAGGAGCGCCGCCCCCGUGGCAACGCCUACGGCAGCAGCGCCUUCCCCGCCGGCCGUGGUGGUGGUGCAGGUCGUGGUCGCGGUGACCGCGCUGGCAGCCAGGGCCGUGGUGGCUUCCAGCGUGAGGGCCGUGGCAGCUUCACUCCUCGUGGCCGCGGUGGCAAUGUUGCCGCCAAGGGUCGCCCCAGCCAGCCCCAAGCUGCUUAA